UUGCACACAAGCGCACUCAUGCACACACACACUCGCUCGUGCACUCACAGUGUGCACUCACAGGUACUCACACGCACUCACAAACACAGUUUACACGUGCCUCAGGGUCAUGUGGUUGGAAACAUCAGUGAGAGAAUCAUGGACCGGCUGCCUGCUGUACGCCCCCCACUGGGGAUCGAGCCUGCAACCUGGGCAGGUGCCCCAUGGGAAUCAAACCACAAUCUCCUGGUUCACAGGUCGAUGCUCAACCACUGAACCACACCGGCCAGGCACACGGUCCUUUUUCUUUUGUGGUUUGUGUAGUCAGGUCUCUGUUCACCACGGCCCGGCCCAGCUGGGGUCUCCUCGGCAGGCGGCUGCAGCUGCGGCUCAGCUCUCACAGACGGGAGGGCAGGGAGAGCCUUUCCACAGAGAAGUGGAGCCGUGCUGGUCGGGGCGGCUGCUCUCAGGCUCCAGAGGGGGUGGGCGCGGUGGAGGGGCGCUGAGAGCCUCAGUGUCGGAUGCAGAUGCGCUGGUUUGAGUGAAAGGCCACGGCUCUCGUCCCGACCCGAGGUCGUCCUCCUAAGCACAGGGGCCUGCCCCCCGCCCCCCAGGUUCUCGGUCCUUCUGCGCCGGCCGGUGAGGGAGGGCAGGGACGUGGACGGGCUGCCUCCGUGGUUCUCUCGGACCGUGGGCAGAAGCAGCGGGUCAGCGUUUCAGGACACAGCCUCCUGCCUGGAGCUGGGCCACCGCUCCAGCGUCCCAGGCGCCAGGAGCAGCCAGGCCGACUCCAUGGAGCGAGGAGGCCGCGUCCCGCGUGCUUCCCCACAGGACGCUGCUCCUCAGACCAGCGAUGUGCGUGACAAUAUGCCAGCCGCCACGCAGCACCGACCUGCCCGGCAUGAACAUCGACAUUCGUGCAUUAUUCAUUUCACUCUCUGUCACUCAGAUGGCAUUGCUGCAAAGUGACAACAGUGGAGAGGGUGGCUGUAGUGCAGGGGGAGCUGCGGAUCACGGUCUGGUCCUUGUGCACAAAGUCCGUCUCGUACAUCAAGUACCCGAAGGCCUGUCAGCAGGGAAUCGCCUUUUCCCGGGACGGCCGCUACCUGGCCUUGGCCGAGAGACGGGACUGCAAGGACUACGUCAGCAUCUUCGUCUGCAGCGACUGGCAGCUGCUGCGGGGCCCGGGGCUCGGAGGUGCCCGCGGCUGCAGGUGGGAGACAGGCAGGCUGGGCACAGAACCCUCUGGAACGCCGUCAGAGCUCAGGGAGGGCUCGGCAGCCCGCCGCCAGGCGAGGAGCAGGCCGGGAGAGCGCGCACAGGUGGGAGCCGCACCCGAAGCCGGCAGUGCCUGCCGGGCGGCCAGGCUGCGCCCCCGGACCUCCGGACACUCAGGCGCAUGACGACCGGGAAGGACGCGUGGCAGCCUUCCACCUGCUGCUGUCUAAGGAAAGUGCACACGGGGCGCAUUAGCAACAUCGGCUGUACAAGCCCACGUCCGCCCCGGCGUAACCUGCUUCUCCCCUUCCCGUGGCAGCACUUUGACACGGACACCCAGGACCUCGCCGGCAUCGAGUGGGCGCCCAACGGCUGCGUGCUGGCGGCGUGGGACACCUGCCUGGAGUACAAGGUCCUGCUCUACUCCCUGGACGGCCGGCUGCUGGCCACGUACUGCGCGUACGAGUGGUCCCUGGGCAUCAAGUCGGUGGCCUGGAGCCCCAGCAGUCAGUUCCUGGCGGUCGGCAGCUACGACGGGAAGGUGCGCAUCCUCAAUCACGUGACCUGGAAGAUGCUCACCGAGUUUGGGCACCCCGCGGCCAUCAGUGACCCGCGAGUGGUGGUGUACAAGGAAGCGGAGAAGAGCCCGCGGGGGGCUCUGGGCCGGCCCGCCUGCCCGCCACCCAGGGCUGCCGAGAGCAAGUAUGAGAUCGCCACGGUGCCGGUGUCCCUGCAGACGCUGAAGCCCGCUGCCGACCGAGCAAACCCGAAGAUCGGCGUCGGCGCGCUGGCCUUCAGUCCCGACAGCUACUUCCUGGCCACGAGGAACGACAACGUCCCGAACGCCGUGUGGGUCUGGGACAUGCAGAAGCUGCGGCUGUUUGUGGUGCUGGAGCAGCUGGGCCCCGUGCGCUCCUUCCAGUGGGACCCGCGGCAGCCCCGGCUGGCCAUCUGCUCGGGAGGCAGCAAGGUGUACCUGUGGUCGCCAGCGGGCUGCGUGUCUGUGCAGGUGCCCGGGGAAGGGGACUUCCAGGUGCUCUCGCUGUGCUGGCCUGUCACGGGGGACUCGCUGGCCCUGCUCAGCAAGGACCACUUCUGCCUGUGCUUCCUGGAGACGGAGGACGGGGCUGAUGGCACCCUCGGGCAGCUGGGCGACCACACGUAGGACACGUGGCAGCUGUGGGAAGGGACGCAGACACGCAGAGCUGUGGGGAGUGGGCUCGGGGCAGCUCCAACCGUGGUCUGUGGAGAUAGCUUGCGUUUGUUUCCCUACAGCGAGGCGCUCUUGUAAAUAUGUAAAGUGUAAAGCUGCAAUUUUGUAAUUUAAAUGUUUGGUAAUUCAUAA